AUGCGUUCGUCGUCGGUGCGGUGUAUGUCCAUGUGGGACAGCCCCGCCUUCGAGCACAACCCCCUCACCCGCUAUUGGAAGAAGAUGAUGGACCGCAGCGGCAACACCCUCACCUCGCAGAGCAUUCCCCGUCACAUCCACGGCUACCUGGAAGGCUCCAACGCGCGAACCGAGAGCCACCUCCGCUGGUUCCCCUACAAGCAGGAGAUGACGGUGGACGGCCGCUACGUGCCGACGUUCAAGGAUGUCAUCUACACCCACUACUUCCCCAAGGAGUUCAACGAUGAUGAGCGGGUGAAGUACGUCGCGAUCAAGACGGGCCGCUCCGAGCUGGACAUCGCGGAUGAGAUAUUCCUCAUGCGCAAGAUGAAGCUCUUCACGGCUCAGCUCCUGCGUAAUAAACUCCGCAGUCGACCACUCCGCAUGCCGCAGGGCGUCGACUACAGCGGCAUCGAGCGCCGCUACACGCUCGGCAUUUCGAAGGUGGCGCAAGCCAUGGGUAUGAGUAUGUACAGUACGACCUCCUACAACCCAGUGCUCAUGCACUCCCCGUAUCUAGAUAUCGGCGACUGCGUGGACUUGAUCGUCACGAAGCAGCUUCGCACCUCACAGCAGUACUUGUUGUGCGACAUCGUCGUACACCGCGGCAUUCCCCACGCCCGACUGCCGCAGGUGAAAGGAGAGCCAAAGGAGCCCCUCGAGCGCAUCGAACCGUGUCUUUACCAAUUCAUCAAGCUGCGUCUCGCUGUGCUUUCCGUCGUCGCGAAGCAGGAGCAGUACGUGGUGGAUCACCAGUUUGAUUGCGGUCACCGCUACGGUGGGUGCUUGAUUCACCUCUUCCCGUCCCCGCUUGAUCCGGAGGUGAUUGACCACGAAGUCGAACACAUCGAAGUGGACUUGGAGCUGGCGCAUACGUGGAUGAAGCACUACUACGACCAUUACGUGGCACCUCGCCGCAGUACAUGA